AACGGUUGAGAGGCUCGCUGAUGAUUUUGCACAGAGAUAAUACCCGGUGUGUUAAGAGGCGUCUGGAUUCUAGUAUAGAGCAAAUGGACUUUGACGUUGUCCCAUGAUCAUGUCAAAAUUGGCGUGAGGGUCGACUCUAGUGUCCUUGGGUCUGCUGUUCAAUGUUUUUCCGCCCAGAUGUACCACUGCAUUUCGGACAUUGGUGAGGUUUUGUUGCAGAUCGCACCAAUUAUUAUUGUCAUUCAAGUAUUUAUCACGAUUCGAUUGUUGUCACGAUUCGAUUGCUGUCAGCGUUUCCAGUAUUUUGCGCGUACUCUCAACAUCCUGCCUCUAUCUAGACAUUCACUCCAAGCUAAGCGCUCGCCUUCCUAUGUCUGUCAUGUACCUGGGAUUUCUCUCGUAUUCGAAUCACCAGUCUCGAUCCGGACAUUAUGUUACUUAAAUGUCUAACCCAGAACGGAGACUUAGAGGUCAUACUUCUUCCAAA